UGUGAUGCAUGUGGCAAGGUCUUCAAUCAGAUUUCACACCUGGCAAGUCAUCGUAGAAUCCACACUGGAGAGAAACCUUACAAAUGUGAUGAAUGUGGAAAGGUCUUCCACCAAAUUUCACACCUUGCACAACAUCGAACCAUUCACACAGGAGAGAAACCUUUCAAAUGUAAUGAGUGUGGCAAGGUCUUCAGUCGCAACUCGUACCUCGUUCACCAUCUGAUAAUCCACACUGGGGAAAAACCGUACAAAUGCAAUGAGUGUGGCAAGGUCUUCAAUCAAAAAUCGAUCCUUACAAGUCACCAAAGAAUUCAUACUGGAGAGAAACCAUACAAAUGUGAUGAAUGUGGGAAGGUCUUUAAUCAAAUUUCACACCUUGCAGAACAUCGAAGAAUUCACACUGGAGAGAAACCUUACAAAUGCAAUGAGUGUGGCAGUGUUUUCAGUCAGAAGUCAUCCCUUGCAAAUCAUCAGAGAAUCCACACAGGAGAAAAACCUUUCAAAUGCAAUGAGUGUGGCAAGGGCUUCAGCCGUAACUCAUACCUAGCAGAACAUCUGAUAAUCCAUACUGGAGAGAAGCCGUGCAAAUGCAAUGAAUGUGGCAAAGUCUUCAGUCAAAUAUCACAUCUUACAUGUCAUCGCAGAAUCCAUACGGGAGAGAAACCUUACAAAUGUAAUGACUGUGGCAAGGUCUUCAGUCUGAAUUCAUCCCUAGCCCAUCACCGCAGGAUCCAUACUGGGGAGAAACCUUACAAAUGUAAUGACUGUGGCAAGAUGUUCACUCAAAAUUCACAUCUUGCAUGUCAUCGCAGAAUUCAUACUGGAGAGAAACCUUACAAAUGCAAUGACUGUGGCAAGGUCUUCAGUCAAAAUUCACAUCUUGCAUGUCAUCGCAGAAUCCACACUGGGGAGAAACCUUACAAAUGUAAUGACUGUGGCAAGGUCUUCAGUGUGAACUCAUCCCUAGCCCAUCACCGCAGGAUCCAUAGUGUAGAGAAGCCUUAGUAAUCAGUGUGUGCAGGGUCGGGGGUCACAUUGUAAUCCCGGCUAUUUUGCAAAAAUCAGGAGGAUGGCACGUGCAAAUUCUGCUUGGACAUAAUUGUGAGAUGCUUACAAAAUGAAAUAAAGGGCUGGGGAUGUAGAUCAGUGGGAAAAUGAUGGUAGAGCAUGUUUCAGUCCCUGGGUUCAAUUCCCAUACCCCCAAAGAGGAAAAGAAAUGCAAUGAAUGUGUUGGGGACUUCAGUCACAUUGGCACAUCACAUGCCAAGCAUUUAUGGUGGAGAGAAACCCUAUGAAUAUGAUGAAUGUGGCAAAGCCUGUAGGGUGCAUCUGGCCUGGCCUAUCAUGUGAUCCACACCAAGAGGGCAUGUCAAGGUUUUCACUGACAUUUCCUAUCACUCAGAUUGUCAAGAUCUCAUCCUAGGAAAAAAUCACAAAUGAAUUAAGCACAGUCUUUGUCAGAAUACAAGUCAUGUAAUACCACUUGAUUUCCUAGUGGAGAAAUUAUCUUCUAUGUGUAAUGACUAUCUGAACCUUUAGGCCUCAUUUAAAGCUUGGAAACUUUCAGUCAGUCUGUGAUGGAGAGGAACCUCAUCCAUAAUUUGCUAUAAACAGACCUUAAUGUAAAAGUCUGUCAUCAGGAUUCCUGCUGGAAAAAAACUUCACAAAUGUACCAA